GUUCAGAAAUACUUCUUUAGACAUUCCAUCAUAUUUUCGAACUGUGAGUCAUAAGUCUAAGUGACAAUGACACUGACAUCAAAUGUCAAAAUUAUCAAAACCGUGGCUAAUAUUAUUUGUUUAUAUUUUCAUGAAUUAAUGUUAAUUCUUCAUUAAUAGUUCAUCAAAAACCUUGAUGUUAAACCAAAAAUCUUAAAUGAGCUGGUAGUUCUAGGCGAUUUAUUAGAAGUGUUAUAGUGCGUAAUCCGCAUCCGUAUCGUAUUGGUAUCCGUGAGCUGUUUGGUACCGUUAGGUAUUCUUUAUUUAUGAAUGUGGGAAUUUUCAACAGAGUUAAUUUUAAGAGCAAGGACAGUGAGGGCAUGUAUUCAGAAUGGAGCUCACUGCCACUGGAGGGAGGAGGGCAAGGCGUGCUGGGUGCAGUUGGCGGACGCGACGUUGUACUCGCCGUCGUGAAGCAGCUUGCAAGUCAUCAGCCCAGCCCACUCACAACUGAUACUGAGGUUGAAUGGGUGCUGGAGGUUCUGCGUUAUGGCCUAUCACUACCAUUAACAGAGCAUGAAGCUUUACGCGCGUGCGUUUACGUGUGCCACGCAUGGCUUGGUGCUCUGUUGCCCCCCGCGCCGGCGUCCCAGCCCCCGCAACCCGCCAUCCCGCCACCUCUAGCAGCUGACCCUAAGCGAUAUGCCGCAAAAAUACUCAGCCAUUUACAUAACCUUUUCGUGCCAAGAGCUGAUGAUAGUGCAGACUUGAUCAGCAAGCAGGCCGUGUUGUGCCACCGUGUGCUGCGGCUGGCACGGUCAUUGGCGGACAGUGGGGCUUUAGGACCGCGCGAGUGGCGCGCACUACUGCUGUUACUGUUGGCCGCGGCGGCCGCGCUGCUAGCUCCGCCCGCACCCCAUCACGGCGCAGAGCAACUCUGCGAGCGAGUGUUAUGUGUGCUUUUUGAAGUCUGGAUUCUGGCUUGUCAUAGAUGUUUCCCCUCGCCGGCGCUGUGGCGCACGCUGCGGGAGCAGUGUGUACGGUGGCGGCACCGCGCGCCGCUCGCCGAGCAGUGGGCGCGCGCCUCGCUCUGUCUCACGGCGCGCCUGCUCGCGCACAUGUACGGACCAAUGUUCCCCGCAAUGCCCAUCGGAGAGGAGGAUGCGAACCUGGUGCCGGCAGAUAUGAGCGCGGAGGCGGUGAUGCAGACCUGGUACCGCAUCCUGCACACUAUCGGCAACCCUGUCGACCUCUGCAGGCCACAUGUUAUAAGUCAGACUCCGGAGUUUUUGCAGUAUUCCAUGACUGCGGAAGAUGGUGCUCGUGAUCCCAGCACACAUCCCUGCCUCCAGGCGUUGCCUGCGAUCUUCCUCAAGGCGAUGAAGGGCGUGGCUGCGCACGUUGACGCCUUCCUUGGCACGCCGCGCUCCUCAUUGAUCGGUUUGACCGGCAGUCGACCGCCUAGCGUUGUUCCUACCACACCACCCAAUUCUAUCUCCUCACAAGUGGGCGAGACAGAGAAACCUCCGUUGACUCCGUUACGGCCAAAGGUGAACUCCAUCUUCCAUUUGUUCGGCGAAUGGUUAUUUGAAGCGGCACUUAUUGGUACUACACCUAAUUAUAAUACUAAUCAACCUCGAUCUGAAGGCACUCCACCUCCGCCGUCGCUGUCUGACGCCACGCACAGGCUGAACAUGAUGAGCUAUCAACCAGGUCGUGCGGUGGCUCUGGGCACGCUGUGCCGUGUGAUCUGCUCGAAGCAGUGCCGCGAGGAGGUGGUGGCGCCGUACUUAGCGCGUACGUACGCGGCGCUGCAGCGCGGCCUGCGUGACCCCGCCACCGCCGCCGCUAUUGUACUCGAUGCAGCGGAUAUAUUCAGGUUGGACCUGGACGGUGUGCUGGUGUUGGUGCCAGACUUCAUCACCGCUUUGGACCUUAUUCUGUCGGAGAGAGAGCCCAAAAUUGACUGCGGAUCUAUAGACAAGCGCGAGUUGAGGAAAGCUGCCAUCAGCCUUUUGCUGUCUCUCGUUGCUUUCCCGUACCAUUACAGAGGUCUGGCUGUCCCCGAGUUUCCUGGAUGUAAUGAAUAUGCUGGUAUGACGAUUGGUGACUACGCAAGAGGUAAACUGUCACUUAUCUGCGUGUCGGCGGUGCAAGUGGAAACAUCCGAGGCAUUAGCAGUGCCGUUGCUCAGCGCACUAUAUCUGUGCGUGCGGCACAACGCUUACGUCACCAACACCAAGUCGCACAGCGCGCCGCCCGGCUCCACUAUGUCGCACAGCACAGAGUAUAAAGCGCACUCUGACGGCGGGCGCGGCGACCACGCGCAGGACGACUACGCCGCUGACGUUAGGGACCUUGACCCAUCGUCGCCUGUUUUCGGUGCCGCUUUAGUGGUGCGGGCGACCUACCUAGUGUGCCACAGGCUGAUCUCCUCCUGGAAGGGUGACUUACAAGUGUCCCUCGCGGCUUUGGAACUGCUCUCCGGUCUCGCUAAACUACACUCUGUCAAGCCUGAGGCGAUAGAGCGGAAGCGCGCAGUGCGUUGGAUCUGCGACUACAUAUCGGUGCAGUGCGGGCGGCCCCCGCAGGCGCACUCGCGGGACCUGCACUCGUGCGUGGUGGCGGCGUACCACUGCCUGGCGGCCUGGCUCUGCCCCGCGCUGCUCGCAGACACCGACUGCCUCACCGCACUCAUGGAGGUCGUCGAACUCGGCAUAUCCGGCUCCAAGAGUCACGGUAAACCUGGUGAGCCGCCAAAGAUGAAAGACGAAAAGGAACUGAAACCAGUGUCGAUGAGAGUACGAGACGCCGCAGAAUCACUUCUGAUGUUGAUUUUAGAACAGGGUGGUGGAGGCAGCUGGUGCAGGCUGGACGAGCGCUGGCUGGAGGCGCUGGGGCACGGCGCGCUGCGACACUUCGCGGCUGAUGGCGGAGCUCUGCUCUCGCUGCUCGAGGAGCCCCUCGCCAACAGCCAGGAACCGCAGCCCACACUCGUCGUGAUACUUCGUUGUGGUUGGGGUCGGUACGCGUGGUCGUUGUCAGUGCGAGGUGCUCCGCGCUGCGCUCAGCGGGGCGCGGCGAGCUGCGCGCGCCCGGUCAACAUGCUGGAGCCCCCGCCCCGCGCCCCGCCCCUCUGCCGGCCCCUGCCCGCCUCCCCGCCCUGCGCCGUUGACUCUGCGUUCCCGAGCCUGGAGGCUGUACUGCGUCAGUUGAACGACCCUGACGCACCUGUGCUGUUCAAACUGCUCGAGCAACAGGCUGCCAUUGAAAAACGCGUCAAAGACAAUGAGGAUAAUGACUCUGCGGCGGAGUGCGCGCCGCCCGAACCCGUGACGGAGUUCCAGACGGCGCGCCUCUUCCUCUCGCACUUCGGAUAUCUCAACAUCGGCGGUGACAAGAAGGGCUGUGCCCCCCGGCUGACUGCAUUAGACAGCUCAGCACCGGGCUUCCACUCCGCGCUGCGUCGUCUGGACGCGACAGGCAGCCGCGCGGCGCUCACCGUGCACGUGCUGUACGCGCGCGCCGGACAGCGACACGCCCACGACAUCGUCGCCAACGCCCACCGCACAGACCUCGCCCCCGCAUACAUCAACAUGCUGCGCGGGUAACUUCCCCAUGCCAACGCCAUCGCUUUUGAUUUUCACACCAAUUUCUAAACAAAUAUUUUAUACCGUUUACCGUUGGUUUCUAAGCCCAAAAUCUUCGUUUAGAU